UGAAAGUUACUCAAUGUUUUAUUCCAUUAAAAUCAGGGUGCUCUACUUGGAUUUGGCUCCUCUAAACUGGUAGAUUCAUUACACAAAGGAACAAAAUGAAAUAGGAGAAAAGAGAAGUCUUGUUUUGGGUUCCAAAAAUUGAGCUCUACAAUUUCAUAUGCUCACGUGCACACACACAUACAGAUUACUGUUGAGAAUUUAGUCAUUCUUUGAUUGUUAAUUUGUUUGAUGAUAUAUUGUAAAUGUUAUUUAUUUUCAAUUGUAUCAGUUUCAGGUCCAAAUCUUGCUAUGUUAUAUAGUGCAGACUGAAAAAUGGAUGCAUUAAUAGCAUGUUAUGGGGAUGAAUCUUCUGAUUCAGAUUCUGAAUCUUCCCCUUCAAAUCCAACCUUAGCUUACUCAGAAGGGCCUCCGUCCUUGCCACCCCGGGCAACAAAAGUUCGUGAACCACUUCCAGAAGUAUGUGUCCAGCCCUUGCCACCACCUCCUAUUGCACUCCUUCAUCCUCCAAAUUUUCUUGGGCCUCAAGAUCUGCAGAUAAGUCAGACAACUAAAGUUAGGAGCUUCCCUCAUGUUGACGGCAACUAUGCCUUACAUGUAUACAUACCAAUUAAUAUCUCAUCUCCAUCGAAAAAAGAACUAGCUGCUUUCUUGAAAAAAAUCUCAUCUCGGGAACCGAGUCUUCACGUUGUUGAUGUUGAUGUCCCACUUAACAUCCUCUGCAAAAAUGACGAGAAGCUCGAACAAGUUGCAUUAGGAAGAGAGUUUCACAUAAGUUUGGGAAGAACUGUUCCAUUACGAGUACAUCAGAUUGACUCAGUGGUCACAAUGCUAAAACAGAAACUUCAAACUCAAAACCAAUGUUAUUGGAUCGACUUUAGCAAAUGGGAAGUUUUUGUCAAUGAUGAUCGCACGCGCACCUUCCUUUCACUCGAAGUUGUUCAUGGUGGGCUUGUAGAGAUAAGGAAGCAAAUUGAAGCAGUCAAUGCAAUUUACAAGCUUCAUAAUCUUCCUGAAUUUUACGAGGAUCCACGUCCACAUAUAUCGUUAGCAUGGUCACUGGGCGACACCAGCGAUUCCCUGAAGAAAGUUGUGAAUGAGGAAGUGAAGAAAUGUGUUGCUGGGAAAUCCUUGAAGAAGUGUAUUUUUACAUGUAAGUUCGAAGGCAUUGAAUGUAAGAUUGGUAAUAAAGCAUACACAAUAUGUAAAAUUUCAGAUAAAUUAUUGUCAAAAAAGAAAAGAAAAAAGAUAGAUGAUAAUGUGUAUAGUUUAGAGUAACAGAUAAACUGAAAUAUUCAAGGCUGCUGCAUCCAGUUCUAUAAUACAUGAAUUACUCAUGUGGAAGGAGUAACUUGCUUA